AUUUGCUUCUCGCCAUCGCCGCCUGCUGUCAUCUCUGAACCCUCACGAUGGCCAUCUCAACGCGACUGGCCCGCCGCCGACUGCUCGACUCCGCCCUUCAAUCUCGAACCUCCGCAACGACCAAGUCCAACCGGCUGGUCAGCUUUCGCAGCUACGCCACAGAGAACCGCAGAGAAGAGCGAGAGUCGUUCAAAGGCCAAUUGUACCAAGCCACACACGAGCGCGUCCAACGCGAACGAGAAGAACAAGCCCGAUUCGCAGCCGGUCGAGAAGCACAGAAACGAUCCCGCGGCGGCAAUCCUUGGAUCUUCCCCGUGGUAUUGGCCGUCGGUGUAGGUGGAGGAUGGUUUCUAGGACAGAGUGCACCGCCGGAACCUUCGCCUGCUUCGACUCUGCCUUUGUCGCAGGUCGUACCGCCUAGACAUGAUGUUGCGCCGGUGACAUUGCAGGCUGCGUGGAGUGAUUUCAAGGCAAUCGUAGGGGAAGAGAACAUUUCGACGCAGGAGCAUGAUUUGAAGUCACAUGCUGGGAGCGAGUGGAGCUCACACAGAGAAUUAGAUGGAGACGUGCCUUUUGCGAUUGUCAGGCCUGGGACUACGGAGGAGGUAUCGGAGGUGAUGAAGGUGUGCCAUCGGAGGAGGAUACCGGUCACGGGAUACAGUGGAGGGACGUCGCUGGAGGGACAUUUUGCGGCGACGAGAGGUGGGAUAUGCAUUGACUUCAGUCGGAUGGAUAAGAUACUGAGUCUACACAAGGAGGAUUUGGACGUUGUGGUACAGCCAGCGUUGGGUUGGGAGAUGCUGAAUGAAGAGCUGGCUGAGCAUGGCCUUUUCUUUCCUCCCGACCCAGGUCCAGGAGCUAUGAUCGGAGGCAUGGUCGGGACUGGAUGCUCCGGCACGAACGCAUACCGCUACGGCACGAUGAAGGAUUGGGUGCUGUCUCUCACGGUCGUGAUGGCCGACGGAACGAUCAUUAAGACCAAACAACGACCGCGGAAGUCCAGUGCUGGCUACGACCUCACACGAAUGUUCAUUGGCUCCGAAGGUACUCUCGGCCUAGUCACCGAAGCCACUCUGAAAGUCACUCCGAAACCUCAAACCACAAACGUCGCCGUCUGUACCUUCCCGACUAUCCGCACGGCCGCUGAAUGUGUGUUCAAAGUCGUCGGCGCAGGCGUACCCAUUGCCGCUAUCGAGAUCCUCGACGAUGUCCAAAUGCGCUGCAUCAACGAGUCCGGUAACACUUCUCGCUCCUGGAAGGAAGUCCCUACACUCUUCUUCAAAUUCGCUGGCACACCAUCCAGCGUCAAGGAGCACAUCAACAUCGUUCAAGGUCUUGCUAAGCAAUCCGGUAGCAAGUCUUUCGAAUUCGCCCGCAACCAAGACGAGCAACAAGAGCUCUGGUCCGCGCGCAAAGAAGCACUAUGGAGCGUAAUGGCGCAGAAGAAGAACCCUGGCGACCGGGUGUGGACGACCGAUGUCGCGGUGCCCAUCUCACGCCUUCCGGACAUCAUCGAGGAGACGAAAGAGGAUCUCGACAAGUCUGGUCUGAUCGGUGCGAUUGUGGGACAUGUUGGCGAUGGCAACUUCCACGCGAUCAUCCUAUACAAUGAGAAGACGGAACACGAGAUUGCGGAUCAGGUCGUGCAUAAGAUGGUCAAGCGCGCGAUUGAGAUGGAAGGCACAGCGACGGGUGAGCAUGGCGUGGGAUUGGUGAAGAGGGACUAUUUGCCGCAUGAGAUUGGAACGCCGGCGGUGGAUUUGAUGAGGAAGAUGAAAUUGGCAUUCGACCCGUUGUGUUUGUUGAACUGCGACAAGAUUGUGCGCGUACAGAAGCCAGCACCGGGUGAGGUUGCGGAAUGGUAG